GGCGAGGACGGCAGCGAUGCUAUGAAGGCAAAGUGUUUUUGUUUGUAUGGAUACACACCUGAGUCAGACUGGAGGACAUAAGCUGCUUAACUGAGCGCUGACUCAGCAAAUCAGCCUCUCUUGGUCAACAUUUUUUGGAAUCAAGCAGCCAAGUGAUGGAGUAUAAACCAGCCUGACGAUAGACAUUUUAUGGCUUUGUCACGGUAACCAAUAAAGCCUGGUGUGCAGGAAUGUAUUACGAACACCGUCCAGAAACAUUCCCUCCGAAUACUUCACUGGUCUUGAAGUGCAUUACGGAGAGUGACAAGAAUCCCUCUGUAGCGAGUGGUAGUAAUUUGAGUACAAGGAAGGCAGGUGCACUACUAACUAAUCCAGUUAUAGAUCCGUAUCCCCUUAACCUCCUCACUCCACACGUCACUUGAGCUACAAAUACACCCAGCAGAAGAUGGACAGACGUCUCAUCCGUGUUUUUACUGCGUUUACGCUGAUUCUGGCUCCGGGUGCAGGACAGAAUGACCAGUCGCAGAUGGUGGCAAUAGGUUUCGAAGAGGAGUCUCUGCAAUGUUUCCGCUGUGACUUGGGAUUUUGGGAUGCCUGUUACACUACUGAAACUCAGUGCAGCUCCGGUGAGCGCUGCUACACAGGCCGCGGGAAGGCCGUGGGCAUUCUGGACGUUAAGGUGUUGGGCUGUAUGAAAGCAGAGGAGUGCAGAGUGGAAGAAAAAGUGGAGCUCUAUACCAACAACACUUUAUUUGUCAUGACUAAACAUUGCUGUGACACCCACUUCUGCAACUCAGCACACAAGCAUCAGCCGCUCACGGGUUUGCACCACGCUGCACUUUUCCUAGCUGCUUGGUGCGUCACUGGAGUCUCACGUUGAGUUGUAAUGGACCCAAAACCAAGCGAUUAAUGAAGGAGUGGUGCAUCCACCAGGCCAGGAACAGCCAUGUUUUUUUUAUUGAUGAAAAAUGUAUAUUUUUCUUCCAAUUUCAAGCAAGAGUAAUAUUUUUUAUGUCUUUUUUAAAACUAGAGUAUUUGAAUACACCAAAAGGGAACAAUUGAAAUGCUUCUAAAUAACAACAUUUACCUUAUCCCAAGGUUAAGUUGGUGCACUUACAUUAACUUUGUAUCAACCUCUGAACCUACGAAGAAAUCCUUGAACAAAUGCUAAGCUCUGGUUCACAGCUGCACUGCAGAAAUCUCCUUUUUCAGGAAGGCGACCAGGUCCAGAUCUUUGUCAUCCAGAUCUAUGCUUAAGAACUUGUCCACCACAGAUUUCCAUCUGUUGGAGGCAUUGAUGAGAUACUUUUACUGUUGUAAAACAUCAAUCUUAUACAAACCUCUUAGCCCGUUCAGCUGAUGAUGCUCUGUCCCUUUGGGUAAUUGGCUUGCCAGCUCUGCGCAAGUCAGACACCUGAAAUGAGAAGAUUGGUUAAGAUGUUUGGCUGUUUGCAAAAGAAGAGUGUGUUUACCUCCUUCGCUCUUUGAACAAGAGUGUUUGGCAAGCCUGCUAGUGCGGCAACAUGGGCAGCAUGGCUGGACUGGCAUACACCCUCUUUUAGCUGGUACAAAAACACCAACUCAUCUCCAGCCACUGCCGUCUCCAGAGUCUGUCAUGUACACACACAUGCACACACAUUUUAAUGAGGAGAAAUGAGAUAGAAACUGGAGACAGUGCAGUCAACAAAGCAGCGUUCAUUUGCCAUUCCAUUUCUUUUGUCUUUCAUGCUAUCAUUUGUCAGUGCACACUAUAAGAAUCUCUGCUCUUACCAGCGGGGAAAGAAUGGAGGAGGACGGCAAAAGGCCCAACCGCAGUAGACUGUUAAAGUUAGUUGCCAGCAGGACGUGAGGAACAUCGUCUUCAGCUUUUCUCAGCCAAUGAGAGACGCAGGCGGCCAGCAAAGAAAGCCCGUCCACCUGAAGAAAAACAUCUCUUCAUACGCUUGCAUCUUGUUUUGGAGUCCACGCUCAAUAAAACUUGCUUGAAAUAA